AUGUGUUGAUAUUUCAAUCUCUUGAUUCUUCUUAGCAUUGGGAAAAUAGUGGGGGGGGCAUAUUCUCUCUCCAAAUCCACUUCUUUAUAAAUUACUAUAAGUCUUCUAGCGACGAUUCACCUUGUUGUGGGUGCUUUUCCUAGUAAUAUUUUACAUUUGAAGGAGCUUCUGAUUUUGACAAAUGAUCAAUACUGUAAUGUAAUUAUUCUGUUCUUGGUGGUUUAUAAUUUAUAUUAUGAUCUACCUUUCUCCAAGAAUUUAUGCUCUUCAAAAAGUGAUAAGUAUUGGUGAAUAUGUUCACUGGGAACUCUAAUUUCAACUAAAGAGGUUUCAAGAAUCAUUUUUCUCUAGGAAUUGAAGUUUAAGUGUUGGGAAUUUGGAUUCUUGCGUAUACCUUAAACUUCAGAUUGAGUAGCGGAAUCGACAUGGAAGAUGGAGAGACAGAGUUCUCAGACCAUCACACAGGCAAUUCGUCGAACACCUGCAGUACACCACCGAAGCUUGAAACUUCACUUCUCGAAGGCACCAUGAAGAAGAGAAGAACGAUUACAAAAACUCACACAGAUGAUCAUGCUUCGGUGAAACCCGCGAAGUCAUCGGGAAAUCGAGUUGCGGUUAGGAAGUAUCGAGAGAAGAAGAAAGCGCAGAACGCUUAUUUAGAGGAAGAAGUUAAGAAACUACGGGUUGCGAACCGAGGAUUGAUUCGGAAACUGCAGAUUCAGGCUGCUCUUGAAGCAGAGGCUGUGAGACUUAGAAGAUUGUUGCUGAAUUUAAAAGCUCAGAUUGGUUACGAACUGAGUGUGUCUCCAUUUUAUAAGCAGAACUGUAAUGGCAGCUCCGAUGGUUGCAGUGGUCGUGAUGAACAGUAAGUCAACUGUCUACGGAUGAACACCAUGGUUAACUGGUUUGUGUAUUGUAAGAAUGUAAAUCUACUUUUUUUUGUUUGUUGAAUAUAAUAGUUAUUUUGAUUUAAGAUUGAAAUACGAUGAUCAUGAAAAUGGUUAGGUCAAA